AUGACCCACUUUUGCUGCUGCCCUUGCUGCCGUGCCUGCUGCAGGACCACCUGCUGCCAGCCCACCUACUGUGGCCAAACCUGCAGUGGGUCCAGCUGCUGCCAGCCUUCCUGCUACUUGAGUCCAGGAAUGGAUUCAAAUCAUCGCUAUGAGUGUACCAGCAUCAUGCCCCUCCCCAGUGACACUUCUCAAUCUAUAACAAGGAAAAGUGCUGCUCAUUGGUUCAAACUUUGGGGGUCAGAAUAUAAAAGCCCCAGAAGAAGAAGUCAUCAUCAGAUUCUAAGGAACCCAUCUCUGCACGGGAGCCCACUCUCCACUCCUGACACCAUGACUCAUUCCUGCUGCUCCCCUUGCUGCCAGCCCACCUGCAGAGAGUCCAGCUGUUGUGGGUCCAGCUGCUGCCAGCCUUGCUGCCCCCAAACUCGCUGUCAAGUCACCUGCUGCAGGACCACCUGCUACCAACCAGCUUGUGUGACCAGCUGCUGCCGCCCUUCCUGCUGCAGCACUCCCUGCUGCCAGCCCACCUGCUCUGAGCCCAGCUGCUGUGGACAAACCUGCAGUGAGUCCAGCUGCUGCCAGCCCUGCUGCCCCCAGACCCGCUGUCAAACCACCUGCUCUAGGACCACCUGCUACCAACCAACCUGUGUGACCAGCUGCCGCCUUUCCUGCUGCCCCGCUCCCUGCUGCCAGCCCACCUGCUCUGAGUCCAGCUGCUGUGGACAAACCUGCAGUCAGUCCAGCUGCUGCCAACCUUGCUGCCCCCCAGCUUGCUGUCAGACCACCUGCUGCCAGCCAGCUUGCUCUGGACCCGUGUACUGCCGGAGAACCUGCUACCACCCCACCUGCGUCUGCCUGCCUUGUUGCCAAGCCCAGAGCUGCGGAUCCAGCUGCUGCCAGCCUUGCUGCCGCCCAGCCUGCUGUGAGUCCAGCUGCUGCCGGCCCUCUUGCUGCUGAUCCUCUUGCUGAAGACCAACCACACCCGUCACAUUCCAACUUCCAUCAACCAGCUCAGGUCCUGCAACAAAAUCACCCUCCAGGCUUUGCCAUCAUUGAACUAGCUGUUGGUCGUCUUCUUGUGAAGGGUCUUGAGAGCCUGCUUGAUGGAGGGCAGUCCUCUUCACUCUGAUCUUCUUCUCCUGACUUGUCGGCCAGUGUUCCAGGUCCUGGUCUGCUUUCUCUGUGCUUGGCUUCGAGUCAUGCUCUCAUGAAAAAGUGAUUUUUCACCCUUUUUCUGUAGGAAACCUAAAAAACAAGCCAACAACCAGAACCCCAUAGAUUUUUUCCUUGACUCUCUUCAGUGAUUGUCCUCCUGGUUACAUGGAGUCUUCCCUGUUUAUUUCCUAAUAAAACCUACUCUACCUCGCA